AUGGCAGCCCCGUCUAUGAAAGAAAGGAAGGUUUGCUGGGGAGCCCGCGAUGAAUACUGGAAGUGUUUAGAUGAGCACACAGAUGAUGCUUCUCAAUGUAAGAAGUUCCGAAGCUCUUUUGAAUCAAGUUGUCCCCAGCAGUGGAUAAAAUAUUUCGAUAAAAGAAGAGACUACUUAAAAUUCAAAGAAAAAUUUGAAGCCGGACAGUUUCAACCCACAAAAACAAGCGCAAAUUCCUAA